AUGUCGAACAAUAUUUCUGAGUCUGAGUCAUUAUGUUUAGCAGAAUUAGUGCACAAUAAAAAAUUGGUAAUCACUACUGCUGACAAAGGAGGGGCAGUUGUUGUAAUGAACUGGAUUGAUUAUGAUAUCGAGGCACACAAACAACUUGAUGAUGCCAGGUAUUAUAUUAAGAUGCCAUUAGAUCCUACAUCCAUGUUCAAGCAACAAAUCGAUACAUUUCUUAAUUCAGCAUUGGAAAAUGGGAUUAUAACAUCUGAUACCUUAAGACACUUGACCAUCACAGACCCCAUCAGAAUUGAUUUAAUAACAGUGAAGAUAAUAACAGGAAAGGGCCUCGGUAAAGGUGGUGCUAAAAGACAUCGUAAGGUUUUGCGCGAUAACAUUCAAGGUAUUACCAAGCCCGCUAUUCGCCGCUUGGCUCGUCGAGGUGGUGUCAAGCGUAUUUCAGGGCUUAUUUAUGAGGAGACCCGUGGUGUUUUGAAGGUGUUUUUGGAGAAUGUCAUCCGCAAUGCUGUUACCUAUACUGAACACGCUAAGAGGAAGACUGUUACAGCUAUGGAUGUGGUGUAUGCUCUAAAACGCCAGGGCAGGACUCUCUACGGUUUUGGAGGCUAAAGUGUUUGUAAUUAAGAAAC